AUGGAUAGAGUUUACAAUAGUUAAGCAAUCAAUUAGAGUUAUUUGAUAGAGGAAAAUUAUAAAAAUCAUACAUGUUAAUAUACGGAGCUUAGAAAAAAUGAUGUUUACAAUUUUAGCAGACAGAUGAUGAAGAAAAAUUGUUUAUAGAAUUUUGAUACAGAAUCAUCUGAAGUUUUAAGAGAAAAUAUUUGCGAAUUGUGGUAAACAAAAUAUAUUCAAAACGGAAUUCCAGAAUAAAAUUAAAAUGUAGCACAAUAAAAUUGCAUUUAUGCUAUGCAGUUUGAUAAAUUUGGGGAAAAAUUAGCUUUUUCAACAUAGGAUCAUUAAAUUAAAAUAUGGGGAGUUUUAAAUUAGAAAUAGCUUGGAAUAUUAUAAGGUCAUAAUGAAAUAGUUACUUGCAUCGUUUGGUUCUCAGGAUAAUAAUAAAAUGAGUUAUUAGCUACCUGCUCACUAGAUAAGACUAUUAAAAUAUGGAAAGAUGAUGAAUGUAUUGAUAGUUUAGAAGAACAUUAGGAUUGGUUAAGAUGCCUUUCUAUAUCCUAAGACAAUACAAAAAUGCUUUCUGGUUGUGUUGGAUCAAAUGUUUAUUAUUGGGAUUUAGAAAAGAAAAAGGUAUUAUACAGAAUAAAGCACAAUAGAAAUUAAGAAAAUAUAAAUACUAUAAAUGCUCUAGGAUUCAAAUCAAGUUCAUCAGAAUUUUUGGUUGGAACUAGAGAUUCUAUCAUAUAAAUUUAUGAUGUUAGAGAUACUAAUAAGCCUACUUUGAAAUUCUAUUCUCAUAACAAGAAACUCAAUUCUGCUUGUUUUAGUGAAAAUUAAUACAAUAUACUAACUUCAGGUAGAGACAGCUCUCUAAGAUUAUGGGAUAUAAGAUAUAUUCCUACAUUUAAUGAAUCAGAUUUAAAUGAAGUUAAAGGGUAUGUUUAAGAAUAUACUUAACAUCGUUGUGAAGGAUAUAAUAUUCCAGCAUUAUUUAUGAACAACGAAGAAAGCAUAAUUACUGGCUCAGAGGAUAAUAGAAUUAUAAUAUAUAACACUUCAAAUGGUGAAAUUGAAACUUAAUACUUUGUAAAUAAUUAAAUUGUGCACAUUGUUUAACCUAGAUCUACUUCAUCUAAGUUUGAAUUUGCUUAUUCUUGCACUUAAGAUAGUGAUAUUUAUUUUUGUGGACCUUCUUUGAACUCAGAAUCUAUAAAAAAAGAAAAAGAAAAUCAAAAGAAGAGAAAGGCAAAAUCAAAGAAGGGUGAUAAAAAUGUUAAUGAAUUUUAACAAUUAAUGUAAGAUCAUGGCGAUUUUAUCUUAUCUAUUUUCCAUAAAAAUAAUUUUACAUAUUCUUAACCACUUUCUUGGGCAAGUGUAUUAACCAUGGCAUUAAGAGAUGAAGAAAAUCAACAAUAAUCCUUUCAAAUAAUUAAAAAAAUUAUGAAUACAUUAAUAAAAAAUCAAAUGUAUUUUGAAGAAGAAGAAUUCGAUACAUCCGAAACCGAAGAAAGUAAAGAAAAUGAUCAGAGCAGUAAAAAUUAGUAGCACUUAUAUCAUUUGAUAGAGGCAGAAUUAAAUUGUUCUGAUUAUGGAAGUUAAAACAACAAUUUUUAUAAAAGCUGUGAAAUAUGCAUGAAAAAUCAAUAAAAAUUAAAAUAAAUAAGAUAAUAAUUUAAAUAAGUAUUGUAAAAACCAAGUAAUGACUAUUUACUUAAUAUGUAUAUCAGCAAUAGUUGA